AUGGGUCUCAAUGGCGUGGACAACUCUGCCUACUCCGUGGACGGGUCAGAAAACCAGAAAAAACACAGGCAGUUCACAGUGUCCGAGAAUGACGUUACACUGAGCGAGAAGAGCAACAAGAGCAAGAUGUCUGGCGGGGUGAAGGCGCUGUUGUUUGUUCUGGUCCUUGCUCUUGUCGCUGUGGUGGUGCUGGCUGUGGUCAUCAUGCAGAUCAGGGACGACGACAAAGAGGCCGUCAGGGUCACACCAGAUUCGAAUAAAGGCGACAAGAUCGAUGACAACGGGCAACCAAAGGAAACGGCUCGUAUAAUGACAAACGUGGACGUCAACGUGCACCCUUGUGACAACUUCUACGAAUUUGCCUGCGGCGGGUGGCUGCAGAAUAAUGAGAUCUCAGAGGACAGAUCUUCUUUUACAGUUUUCACUGAGCUUACAGAGGACGUGGAUAGGAAAGUUAAAAAACCAAGACUGAGCGAGAAGAGCAACAAGAGCAAGAUGUCUGGCGGGGUGAAGGCGCUGUUGUUUGUUCUGGUCCUUGCUCUUGUCGCUGUGGUGGUGCUGGCUGUGGUCAUCAUGCAGAUCAGGGACGACGACAAAGAGGCCGUCAGGGUCACACCAGAUUCGAAUAAAGGCGACAAGAUCGAUGACAACGGGCAACCAAAGGAAAUCAUGGGUCUCAAUGGCGUGGACAACUCUGCCUACUCCGUGGACGGGUCAGAAAACCAGAAAAAACACAAGCAGUUCACAGUGUCCGAGAAUGACGUUACACUGAGCGAGAAGAGCAACAAGAGCAAGAUGUCUGGCGGGGUGAAGGCGCUGUUGUUUGUUCUGGUCCUUGCUCUUGUCGCUGUGGUGGUGCUGGCUGUGGUCAUCCUACAGAUCAGGGACGACGACAAAGAGGCCGUCGGGGUCACACCAGAUUCGAAUAAAGGCGACAAGAUCGAUGACAACGGGCAACCAAAGGAAAGUGACGGAAUUUGCCUGACCUCAGCAUGUGUUACAGCAGCGGCUCGUAUAAUGACAAACGUGGACGUCAACGUGCACCCUUGUGACAACUUCUACGAAUUUGCCUGUGGCGGGUGGCUACAGAAUAAUGAGAUCUCAGAGGACAGAUCUUCUUUUACAGUUUUCACUGAGCUUACAGAGGACGUGGAUAGGAAAGUUAAAAGAAUCUUGGAGGAACCGUUGACAAGUGAUGAUCUGAGUGCAGUGGCGAGUGCCAAAAACCUUUACCAGUCUUGCCUUGACCUUGACACAAUGAACGAUCGUGGUGACCAGCACUUCAAGGAUUGGCUCAAGACCACCAUCGGAGAUUCUCCUCUUAUCUCUACAUCCUGGAGCGAAGCCACAUUUGAUCUCACUGACGUCAUGAUCAACGCUACCAAACAUGGGGUUAGCCUCCUAGUGAACCUCUAUUCAGGGGAAGACAACAAAAACUCGAGUGCAUACAUACUGAAGAUGGACCAAACUAGUUUUGGCAUGCCGAGUCAGAAGUACUACCUGGUCCCCCGAAAUGACACGAUGCUCAUGGCCUACCAGACAUUCAUCUACAGAGUGGCACAGACCAUGGGGUUUGCAGAUCCCGUCACGGCUCAGCGAGAUGUGGAGGACAUUGUGGAUUUCGAAAUGCAGCUGGCACAGAUCUCAGUCCCAUCCGAGGAUAGGCGAGAUGCAGAAGCCCUGUAUAACCCCAUGACCUUGGCAGAAGUAAAUGGAAACUACAGCACGGCAGAAUUCGACUUCAUGCGGUUCGUAACAUCAUUGCUGACAGCCCCUGAAGUGGGAAUCACUGACGUCUCAGAAGAUGAAACCAUCAUUAACCGUUCACCUCCUUACUUUCGGAACUUCACGGAACUCAUCAGGAGCACUCCCAAAAGGACGAUAGCUAACUACGUAUUCUGGCGAGUUACGAUGAGCUUCAUGGGAACAUUAACACAAGCCUACAGAGACUUCAGGUUUGAAUACUUCAAGGUUCUGGCCGGUAUCAAGUCAGAGGAGGCACGGGACAAGUUUUGUGCGCGUAACACCAAAAGUAACACCGGAUUCGCCAUCGGCAGAGCCUUUGUUGAUCGGUUCUUUGAACCCGAAGCCAAAACUAUGGCCCUGGAAAUGAUAGCUGGUCUACAGUCUGCGUUCGAUGAACAAGUAAAUAGACUGUCUUGGAUGGACGCGGAGACGAAAAGACUUGCUCAGGAAAAGAACAGCGUCAUUCGGUCCAAGAUUGGUUACCCAGCGUUUGUGACGAAUGACACGGAGUUAGACGAGUAUUACUCAAACUAUACUUUUACAAAUAACCAAUACUUUGAAAACAUCGUAAGAAUCAAGAUGGAGAGCUAUGCCAGUGCAAAGCGUAAACUAAGAGAUGCAGUUGAUAAAAGCAUAACAAAUUUUAAUAUCGGCACUGCUUUCUAUACUCAAACAAAGCAUCGCUAUCGACUUUUCAGAUGGUACAUGAGCCCCCCAACUGUCAACGCCUACUAUAACCAGGUCGGCAAUGAAAUCGUGUUUCCAGCCGGAAUUCUUCAGCCACCGUUUUUCAAUAAAGAUUACCCAAAGUCCAUCAACUUUGGAGCUAUUGGCAUGGUGAUUGGACAUGAAAUAACCCAUGGCUUUGACGAUUCAGGAAGACAGUACGACAAGACCGGAAACUUGAAGCAGUGGUGGAGCGACUCCGCCAUCCAAAAUUUCAAAGACAAGGCACAGUGUAUUGUAGACCAGUAUGGUGCUUACGUCAUGGAGGAGGCCGGAAUGAACCUCAACGGAAUCAACACACAGGGAGAGAACAUCGCAGACAAUGGAGGACUCCAGCAGGCUUUUCGGGCCUAUAGAAACUGGGUGAAAACAAGAGGAAAAGAGGAACCGACUUUGCCUGGCGUUCCCUACACAAACGACCAGCUGUUCUUCAUCAGCAAUGCACAGGUUUGGUGUGACCUGAGAAGAAAAGAGUCUGUUAUACAAGCUAUCAGAUCGGGCGUCCAUAGUCCCGGGCGAUAUAGAGUGAUUGGUCCAAACCAGAAUUCCGAGGACUUCUCCCAAGUGUUCAACUGUCCCAAAACGUCAUUCAUGAACCCGGAAAAAAAGUGCGAAGUCUGGUAGAAACGAAGAGAAAUAAAUGGUUUCUUGGCUCAACCUGACCUUCCUGAAAACUGAAAA